AUGUCUCUCGAAUCGAUCGUUUCAAGAAGAUUGAAAAUCAAAAAUGUCAGAGUUCGUCAAUUCUUAGCUGAGUUCCACGGUUCAUUUAUCCUCGCUUACAUCGGAAUCGGUGCUGCCCACAUGACAAGCAGUCUUCUCGGGUAUGGAGGUGCCAGUAGCAUUCACGGCGCCCUUGCCGGAGGACUCGGCGUUGCGCUUGGAAUCUUCUUCUCCGCUGGUGCUUCCGGAGGACACCUCAAUCCUUCAGUUACGAUGGCUCAUUUUGUACUUGGAAAGAUGGGUACCGGAUUGGUCCAAAAUAUCAUCGGAACACUUGUGUACCUCUUGGCGCAAUUCCUGGGCAUGUUUGUCGCCGCUGCUAUGUCUUACUGGGUCUACUCAGAAGCGGAAAAUACCGCUUACGAUUCAGGAAGUUCCAGUCAAUUUAAAGACUACCAAUUCAGCUGUUUGUAUUCGACAUGCCCUAAUAAUUUGCCGAAUUCCCAAUUGACAAUGCUUGUUGACCAGAUAAUCGGCUCUGCGAUUCUAGCGACAACUGUCUUGGCCGUCACUGACAAGAAGAACAAUGAUGGAGGUCCACAAGGAAUGGCCCCUUUGAUCAUCGGUUUGAGCGCAACAACAGUCGGUCUUGCUUACGGAGCUAAUGCUGGUGGUGCAAUUAAUGCUGCUCGCGACUUUGCCCCUCGAUCCUUCGCAAGUCUUCUUUAUGGAGAGACUGCCUUUUCUGGAAUUUCUGGCACCAACUCCGAGUAUUUCUUCUGGGUUCCUCUUCUCGGCUCGUUGCUUGGAGGAUGCGUUGCUGGCAUCAUCUAUCUUUUUUACGUUCUCGCCCAUUGGCCUGAAGAUGACAGAGAAAAGUCUUACGGGGAGAGAAACGUAACUACUGAGGACUCUGAACAGCUUUAA